GAUGAAGAAAGAUGGCGGCGUCCAUCCUGUCCAGGAGGGCAGCAGUGUUUUGUAGGACUUUUAAGGGAAUUUCAUCUUCUAAACCUACGAAUUCUCAGUGUGGACUGUUGUUGCAGACAGCGUCCUACAACCCCAGACCCCUGAAGCUAAACCUCCGUGAGAAAUAUAUUCCAGACAAAGACGACCGGGAGACGCCGGAAUGGCAGAAGACGGCCCGGUACGACAAGAAGCUCUUCGGUCGCUACGGAACGGCGUCGGGCAUCGACCCCGCGUCGCUAUGGCCCAGCCACGAGCAGCUGGACAAGAUCAUCGCAGAGGAGAAUGAGUGGCACCCUCCGUUAGAAGUGAUGCUGAAGAACAUAAAGAUCAAGGAGAAGGAAGAAACCAGAAAAAGACUGGCAAAAGAGAAGCUCAUAGCAGCAAACAUGGCCAAAAUGCCCAAGAUGAUCGCUGACUGGCGCAGAGAAAAGCGUGAAUCCAAACUGAAGCAAAAGGAGGAGAAGGCUCGCCGUGAUAUGUUGCUGUCUCAGGCCAGAGAGCGUUUUGGCUACGCAGUGGACCCCCGCAGCCCCAAGUUCUUGGAAAUGGUUGCUGAGAUAGAAAAGGAAGAGAAGAAGAGGAGGAAACUAGUGAAACGCAGACUGAAAGAAGAGCAGGUGGCAGCUCCUCUCACGCCGCCUGCUGACUCCUCAUAGUCUUGAAAUAAGCGUUGGGCCCUUGGUCUAACUGUGUUUAAUAAUGGAGAGUGUACUACACAACACGGUUCAGUGGGACAGUUGUAUCUGAACAGAAUCUGAAGAACAGUUUGCUCCUUGUUUUGUGUCACCUGGAUCAAAGAAAAAGUUUAUCCAGUUAUUUGCCCUAUUUGUUUUGCAUAUUUGGAAAAACUUCAUGACCUAUGUGUUUAGCUGUCACUGAAAUAAAUUAAUCUCUGAGCAGAUUG